AUGCCGGGUAUAUUACCUAUGAAAGUCAUAAAGGUCGGCAGCAGCUCACAGAGCCGCAUAGCACAAGCCUGUGACCGCUGCCGAAGUAAAAAGAUCCGCUGCGACGGGAUCAGGCCGACCUGUUCACAAUGUGCCAACGUCGGCUUCGAGUGCCGAACCAGCGACAAACUUAGCCGUCGUGCUUUCCCCCGUGGGUACACCGAGUCGUUAGAGGAGCGUGUCCGCCAGCUUGAAUCCGAAGUCCACGAGUUGAAGGAUCUGCUGGAUGAGAAGGACGAGAAGAUUGAUAUGCUGUCCAAGAUGCACGGAAAUGGCCGCCGCUCUGCCCCCUCCAUGGGCUCACCCGGUAGCUCUCCGACUUCGGAGCCACGCAAGGAGUCCCUACCUCCUACUAAAGAGGAUACCUUCAAAGUACAAGCAUCACCGCUUCUUCUUGGUGUUGAAAAUUCCGAUUCAUAUUUCAUGGGCCCUUCGAGUGGCCGCAGCUUUAUUGAGGCAUUCAAGCGGAGAUUGCAAGAAAGCGGGAAAACCUGCUCCGAUUUCAACGCCGAGGCGUUCCUGCACAUCCAGGGCUGUCCACCCCUGACACAAGAUGCUGUGAGAGACACCAUGAGGGUGCCACCGCGGCUCUUCUCAGAUCGCUGUGUCAACGUCUACUUCCAGGAGUGGGCUCCGCUAUUUCCUGUUCUCCAUAAACCUACCUUCCUCCGCAUCUACGAGGAUUUCGUCUCGGAUCCUGAGAAGAUCAAGAGCAAUCACAAGGUUGCGCAGAUCUACCUCGUCUUUGCCAUCGCCACUCUCUCCAGCAGCUCGCCCGACGUGGAGCAGCUCGCCUCUUGUGAACGUCGAUGGCAGCGCGCCAUCGACGCCAUCCUGAUGGAGAACACCAUGGCAACUCUACAGUGUCUAGUCCUAGCGCUCAUGUACUGCACCGCGAGAGCGGACUACAAGCGCUUGCAGCAUUACAAGGGCGUCGCCGUCGGCCUAUCUCAUCGCCUGGGUCUCCACCAAAGCCAGAAACGCUUCUCAUUUGGUGCCCUGACCAUCGAAACCCGUAAGAAGGUCUUUUGGACCUUGUACACUCUUGACUGUUUCUCUGGAUCUGUGCUUGGCCUUCCCAAGCUUCUCAAGGAGGACGAUAUCCACGCCGAGUAUCCUUCCGACACCGACGAUGAGUAUGUGACGGAGAAGGGGUUUCAGCCGACUCUCCCAGGAGAAUACACCAAACUCUCCAGCGCUCUUGCCCUCUUCCGCUUCUCCCGAAUCCUCGCCAAGGUUCUAGAGAAGAACUACCCUGCCGCAACCUCUCACGAGCUGUCCCUCCAGCAGAUGUCCGCCUUGGAGGCUGAGCUCAACGGCUGGCUGGAAUCCCUCCCGGCCCACCUGAAGCUUAAUUUCGUGCAAGAUAAGCCUUCGACGGACGUGACGGGAAGCAGGUCGCCUCUUCUGGCCCUCGCCUACUAUUUCACUAGGAUCCUCAUUUACCGCCCUGCCGUUGGGUCGUCCCUGGGGCAGAAGGCGGCCCCGGCGCUUAUGUCCGUCAGCGACUCAAGCAAGCACAUCAUCCAGAUCGUCCAGCUGCUCGAGGAGCGUGGCAUGUCGUUCUCCUUCUGUCUCAACAAGGCAGAUACUCUUAUGCUGUGUGGCAUGUCGCUUCUGUAUCAGAUCGUGGGUCUGAAGAAAGACAGCAAGAUGAUGAAGGACGCCGAACGCCUGGUCAACGGCGUUGUGAAGACCGUUAUGACAGCAAAGGCGCCAGGGUGCAUUGACUUCGCACUAGUUUCCGGCAAGCUGAUUCAUCUGGACGAACCCUCCUCCUUGGCGGCUCCUCCAACAACCCGAGACUCGCCAGGCGCCAACGAGCUUCCCACCUUGCAGCGUGCCUCACCGCCAGUGUCUCCCUCCAACCAGAACUCCCCUCCUGCUCAAGAUGCUCUUCGUCGGCUUCAGGGCGCAUCCUCUAGUGAAUCCGACCUCCUUCGCCAUCAGGAACGGUUGCGCCGUAUGACCAUGCCUAGUACGCAGCAGCGCCCCGACCUCCACCGUUCCCGGUCUCGGCCAUCGUUCGAUGACUUGCAGCCUCGAGAUGUUACGGCGGCAAGACACGACCAGCGCCACUCGUUAUCACAGGCACCGACUGACCGACACCAUGGGACGCCUCCAACACCGAGACAGAAUUUGGAUUAUCUGUCGCUCUCUAAACCGUCGGGCAGGUCAGCGCCGUCCUCGGAUCGGCAGGCUCGCCUUCGGCAACAGCAUAUCAUGUCGCAGACUCGCCAUCCUCUCGCGCAGAGUUAUUCGUCUCCACAACAGCCACAAAAAGCAGCCGGCGUAUCGCCUUCGGAAUGGGAGGCUCUGCUCGGUUCUAUGGACGGCGGCUUCAACAACGUAUACGAUGCUAUCUACGGCGGGCCCCCGUUGGCAUUGAAUGAAGGGACACCGCCUUCAACCAACUUGAACGGAUGGUCGCCCGAUUCCUGGGACCUGACGCACUUUAGCAUUGGCGACUGCAACCCCGGCGCCGCUGCCCCGCCGAGCACACUGAGCGAGGAGAGUCUCAGCUCGGGCGACGACCUCUCGGUUCCCAGCGAAAGUAACAACAACACUGGCGUCAGCACCUUGGAGUAUCGCAAUGCGUUGCUCGCGUCAUGUAACAACAACGACGGAUUCAUACUGAACCCCCCGGAUAAUUCUUACACAAUGUGA